AUGCACGUCAAGCGCAUCACACUCACAUCUAAAAAGAACUGGUGGAUGGUCGAGCUAGACGAAGAAGGCAAAGACUCGAAUGCUCCUGCGCCACCUCCUGCCCAUCCACCACAUCCACAUCCAUCUCCAUACUCCCAUUCCCACUCACACCAGUUUCCCCCUUCAGAGGAGACGAUUUACAACGAAUACACGACCUCACCACCUCAGCAAACAACAUCAAAACUCCGUCCUCGCUCGCCACAACCCUCUGACUCCGUCCGUAGGGGACAAAACCCAGUAAACUCCAUUUUCUCCUUCCCCACCCCGACAUACUACUCCGCCCCACCAAAUCCAACAUCUGCUCUCCUUCCUGUAGCCACAGGAUCUGUCUCUGAGCUCUUCAAAUGUAUAGUCAAAAAGCCCGAGACCGUCCAGCUCGAGAUCAACGGUGAGAUGCAGUCGAACGCACCGGACGUCGCGGCGCAAACGCUCGCCGAAUUACGCGUCUAUACGACCGUACCCCGGCAUAAAAACCUUCCCGCCUUUCUUGGGUGCUUAGAGAAUGUCGGGAUGGUGCUGGAAUUCAUCGAAGGGAAGACGCUGUACGAAGUUCUGAAGGAGACGCCCGACAUGACGAGGUCGAGGAAACGAGAUCUCCAUAAUCAGCUCUUGGACGGCCUCACGCAUCUACACGCUUCCGGACUCAGUCACGGCGAUCUAUCACUUCUGAACAUCCAAAUCACACAGCAUGGCACACUCAAAAUCCUCGACUUUGGAAGAUCAGUCCACGCAGACUCGAUCUACAUGCCGCCAGACUCGGAGGAACCCCUCGACCCAUUCGCGCAUCUCAAGCACUCACAUACGCGGUUUCCUCCGCAGAGGCAGGUGGAGCAGAUACAUCCUGGGACGAGGCCAUUCAGUGCGCCUGAGGUGUUGAGGGGAGAGUGUCAGGAUGCGCGGUUGGCGGAUGCGUAUAGUUUUGGUAUGGUAAUAAUUUGCGUGGAAAGGUUGACGAUGGUCGACGUGAAGCCGUGGGAUCAGAGGAAGGAUUUAUUGCCGAAGGGGUUCUUGGAUGGGUUAGAGUUGUUCGGGGAGAGAUUGCCGCAGUAUUUGAGGAGGUUUGAUACGAGGAGGAGGUUGGUGAGGGAGGAUAUGGUGGUGGUCAACGAUGAUGAAAUAAUGGUAUGCCUAUUUCCCUCCCUUUGA